AAGUGUCAAGUUGUCUGUGGAAAAAGUUAUUCGAGGUACAAAGACUUAAAAUUUUCUCGAUUUUUCCUAAAAAAUUCCUCAUUUUGCCACUUUGGAUGCUUAUAACUCGGUUAGUUUCCAAUGGAUCUUCAAUUGUAACACAGAUUUGGAAAGAUCUGCUCAUCAGCUACCAAAAGUUAUUCUACGCCGAUGUGCUAAGUUGUCUGUGGAAAAAGUUAUUAGAGGUACAAAGACUUAAAAUUUUCUCAAUUUUUCCUAAAAAAUUCCUCAUUUUGCCACUUUGGAUGCUUAUAACUCGGUCAGUUUCCAAUGGAUCUUCAAUUGUAACACAGAUUUGGAAAGAUCUGCUCAUCAGCUACCAAAAGUUAUUCUACGCCGAUGUGCUAAGUUGUCUGUGGAAAAAGUUAUUAGAGGUACAAAGACUUAAAAUUUUCUCAAUUUUUCCUAAAAAAUUCCUCAUUUUGCCACUUUGGAUGCUUAUAACUCGGUCAAUUUCCAAUGGAUCUUCAAUUGUAGCACAUAUUUGGAUAGAUCUGGUCAUUAGCUACCAAAAAAUAUUCUACGCCGAUGUGCUAAGUUGUCUGUGGAAAAAGUUAUUCGAGGUACAAAGACUUAACAUUUUCUCAAUUUUUCUAAAAAAAUUCCUCAUUUUGCCACUUUGGAUGCUUAUAACUCGGUCAGUUUCCAAUGGAUCUUCAAUUGUAACACAGAUUUGGAAAGAUCUGCUCAUCAGCUACCAAAAGUUAUUCUACGCCGAUGUGCUAAGUUGUCUGUGGAAAAAGUUAUUAGAGGUACAAAGACUUAAAAUUUUCUCAAUUUUUCCUAAAAAAUUCCUCAUUUUGCCACUUUGGAUGCUUAUAACUCGGUCAGUUUCCAAUGGAUCUUCGAUUGUAACACAGAUUUGGAAAGAUCUGCUCAUCAGCUACCAAAAGUUAUUCUACGCCGAUGUGCUAAGUUGUCUGUGGAAAAAGUUAUUCGAGGUACAAAGACUUAAAAUUUUCUCAAUUUUUCCUAAAAAAUUCCUCAUUUUGCCACUUUGGAUGCUUAUAACUCGGUCAGUUUCCAAUGGAUCUUCGAUUGUAACACAGAUUUGGAAAGAUCUGCUCAUCAGCUACCAAAAGUUAUUCUACGCCGAUGUGCUAAGUUGUCUGUGGAAAAAGUUAUUCGAAAAAGUAGCUUCUAAUACUUUGAAUGGCUUAUACGAAUUGCCUACCUUCAGGCUGAUUUCUCGCGAUUCGCAUUUCAAUUUCUAUUUUUGACUAUAUCUCAGUCAUUUACCGACCGAUUUUGGAUUUUCUUUGUGAUUUGGAUAGAUCUCGAUAAAUGCAAGCUAAAAGUCUUCCACGACCAUGUGCUCCGAUGUCGGGCAAAAAAGUUAUUCGCGACCUAAGCUUUUUCUUUCACCUGCCAUAACUCGGCCAAUUUUCAACAUUUUCUCGAUCUUUCUUCAGAAUUAGAUGCGUCUCGUGACGCGCUACAAAAAGUUGUUCCACGACCAUGCGCUCCGAUGCCGGGCAAAAAAGUUAUUCGCGGUACAAAGUUUGGUGUACCAAGUGUUGUCUUCCAUGCAAAAUGUUCAAUGUACGGGUACCCGACUCUAGUAAAAAAGUGAAUUUUUUUACUAGUUACCAACUUUUGCAAAUUAUCAUCGGAUAUCACUUUUCAUGGUCUAUAGUAAGUUCUUAUCACGUUUUAGUAGUUUUUGAAAAAAAAAUUUUUUUGAACUUUUCAAAAUUUUGCAAAACCAAAACUUUUUAGGCGGUUUUGUGUAUGGAGGGUUACUAGUCUCGGGGUCACUGUUUGACCAAAAAACCACUAUAUAUCAUUCGAAAGGUAAUUUCAAGGGCUACAAAAAAUUGUUCUACGGCACCCCCCUCCGACGUCUAGUAUUCGAGUUAUUGGCCAAAAACCAUCACUUGAGCGAUUUUUCGUUCAGGGUACCCGACUCUAGUAAAAAAGUGAAAUUUUUCUCGAUUGACCAAGUGUUGCAAAUGACCAUCGGAUUUCACUUUUUAUGGUCUAUAGUGAGUUCUGAUCACGAUUUGGUACUUUUUGAAAAAAAAUUUUUGACGCACUUUUCAAAAUUUUGCAAAACCAAAACUUUUUAGGCGGUUUUGUGUAUGGAGGGUUACUAGUCUCGGGGUCACUGUUUGACCAAAAAACCACUAUAUAUCAUUCGAAAGGUAAUUUCAAGGGCUACAAAAAAUUGUUCUACGGCACCCCCCUCCGACGUCUAGUAUUCGAGUUAUUGGCCAAAAACCGCAACUAUAGCGGUUUUUCGUACAGGGUACCCGACUCUAGUAAAAAAGUGAAAUUUUUCUCGAUUGACCAAGUGUUGCAAAUGAUCAUCGGAUUUCACUUUUUAUGGUCUAUAGUGAGUUCUGAUCACGAUUUGGUACUUUUUGAAAAAAUUUUUUUGACGCACUUUUCAAAAUUUUGCAAAACCAAAACUUUUUAGGCGGUUUUGUGUAUGGAGGGUUACUAGUCUCGGGGUCACUUUUUGACCAAAAAACCACUAUAUAUCAUUCGAAAGGUAAUUUCAAGGGCUACAAAAAAUUGUUCUACGGCACCCCCCUCCGACGUCUAGUAUUCGAGUUAUUGAGGAAAAACAGUUUAUAGUUAAUUUUUCACUCGAUUUUUCACCAUGUAUCGCACAUUACUCCGGUUCUAUACAUUGGAUCGUCAAUCUUUAAGAUUUUAUGGGUAGUUCCAACUGUUUGCUACAUUUCAUCCGUACAUCACAAAGCGAUUCAAUGUCUGUGCUAGAAGUUAUUAGAGGGAUAAAAAAAAUUACCCUUGGCUUUGCCCCGUAAAAUUUUACCCAUUUUGCCACUUUGGAUCCUUAUAACUCGGUCAGUUUCCAAUGGAUCUUCAAUUGUAGCACAUAUUUGGAUAGAUCUGGUCAUUAGCUACCAAAAGUUAUUCUACGCCGAUGUGCUAAGUUGUCUGUGGAAAAAGUUAUUCGAGGUACAAAGACUUAACAUUUUCUCAACUUUUCCAAAAAAUUCCUCAUUUUGCCACUUUGGAUCCUUAUAACUCGGUCAGUUUCCAAUGGAUCUUCAAUUGUAGCACAUAUUUGGAUAGAUCUGGUCAUUAGCUACCAAAAGUUAUUCUACGCCGAUGUGCUAAGUUGUCUGUGGAAAAAGUUAUUCGAGGUGCAAAGACUUAACAUUUUCUCAACUUUUCCAAAAAAAAUUCCUCAUUUUGCCACUUUGGAUGCUUAUAACUCGGUCAGUUUCCAAUGGAUCUUCAAUUGUAGCACAUAUUUGGAUAGAUCUGGUCAUUAGCUACCAAAAGUUAUUCCACGCCGAUGUGCUAAGUUGUCUGUGGAAAAAGUUAUUCGAGGUACAAAGACUUAACAUUUUCUCAACUUUUCCAAAAAAAAUUCCUCAUUUUGCCACUUUGGAUGCUUAUAACUCGGUCAGUUUCCAAUGGAUCUUCGAUUGUAGCACAUAUUUGGAUAGAUCUGGUCAUUAGCUACCAAAAGUUAUUCUACGCCGAUGUGCUAAGUUGUCUGUGGAAAAAGUUAUUCGAGGUACAAAGACUUAACAUUUUCUCAACUUUUCCAAAAAAAUUCCUCAUUUUGCCACUUUGGAUGCUUAUAACUCGGUCAGUUUCCAAUGGAUCUUCAAUUGUAGCACAUAUUUAGAUAGAUCUGGUCAUUAGCUACCAAAAGUUAUUCUACGCCGAUGUGCUAAGUUGUCUGUGGAAAAAGUUAUUCGAGGUACAAAGACUUAAAAUUUUCUCGAUUUUUCCUAAAAAAUUCCUCAUUUUGCCACUUUGGAUGCUUAUAACUCGGUUAGUUUCCAAUGGAUCUUCAAUUGUAACACAGAUUUGGAAAGAUCUGCUCAUCAGCUACCAAAAGUUAUUCUACGCCGAUGUGCUAAGUUGUCUGUGGAAAAAGUUAUUAGAGGUACAAAGACUUAAAAUUUUCUCAAUUUUUCCUAAAAAAUUCCUCAUUUUGCCACUUUGGAUGCUUAUAACUCGGUCAGUUUCCAAUGGAUCUUCAAUUGUAACACAGAUUUGGAAAGAUCUGCUCAUCAGCUACCAAAAGUUAUUCUACGCCGAUGUGCUAAGUUGUCUGUGGAAAAAGUUAUUAGAGGUACAAAGACUUAAAAUUUUCUCAAUUUUUCCUAAAAAAUUCCUCAUUUUGCCACUUUGGAUGCUUAUAACUCGGUCAAUUUCCAAUGGAUCUUCAAUUGUAGCACAUAUUUGGAUAGAUCUGGUCAUUAGCUACCAAAAGUUAUUCUACGCCGAUGUGCUAAGUUGUCUGUGGAAAAAGUUAUUCGAGGUACAAAGACUUAACAUUUUCUCAAUUUUUCUAAAAAAAUUCCUCAUUUUGCCACUUUGGAUGCUUAUAACUCGGUCAGUUUCCAAUGGAUCUUCAAUUGUAACACAGAUUUGGAAAGAUCUGCUCAUCAGCUACCAAAAGUUAUUCUACGCCGAUGUGCUAAGUUGUCUGUGGAAAAAGUUAUUAGAGGUACAAAGACUUAAAAUUUUCUCAAUUUUUCCUAAAAAAUUCCUCAUUUUGCCACUUUGGAUGCUUAUAACUCGGUCAGUUUCCAAUGGAUCUUCGAUUGUAACACAGAUUUGGAAAGAUCUGCUCAUCAGCUACCAAAAGUUAUUCUACGCCGAUGUGCUAAGUUGUCUGUGGAAAAAGUUAUUCGAGGUACAAAGACUUAAAAUUUUCUCAAUUUUUCCUAAAAAAUUCCUCAUUUUGCCACUUUGGAUGCUUAUAACUCGGUCAGUUUCCAAUGGAUCUUCGAUUGUAACACAGAUUUGGAAAGAUCUGCUCAUCAGCUACCAAAAGUUAUUCUACGCCGAUGUGCUAAGUUGUCUGUGGAAAAAGUUAUUCGAAAAAGUAGCUUCUAAUACUUUGAAUGGCUUAUACGAAUUGCCUACCUUCAGGCUGAUUUCUCGCGAUUCGCAUUUCAAUUUCUAUUUUUGACUAUAUCUCAGUCAUUUACCGACCGAUUUUGGAUUUUCUUUGUGAUUUGGAUAGAUCUCGAUAAAUGCAAGCUAAAAGUCUUCCACGACCAUGUGCUCCGAUGUCGGGCAAAAAAGUUAUUCGCGACCUAAGCUUUUUCUUUCACCUGCCAUAACUCGGCCAAUUUUCAACAUUUUCUCGAUCUUUCUUCAGAAUUAGAUGCGUCUCGUGACGCGCUACAAAAAGUUGUUCCACGACCAUGCGCUCCGAUGCCGGGCAAAAAAGUUAUUCGCGGUACAAAGUUUGGUGCACCAAGUGUUGUCUUCCAUGCAAAAUGUUCAAUGUACGGGUACCCGACUCUAGUAAAAAAGUGAAUUUUUUUACUAGUUACCAACUUUUGCAAAUUAUCAUCGGAUAUCACUUUUCAUGGUCUAUAGUAAGUUCUUAUCACGUUUUAGUAGUUUUUGAAAAAAAAAUUUUUUUGAACUUUUCAAAAUUUUGCAAAACCAAAACUUUUUAGGCGGUUUUGUGUAUGGAGGGUUACUAGUCUCGGGGUCACUGUUUGACCAAAAAACCACUAUAUAUCAUUCGAAAGGUAAUUUCAAGGGCUACAAAAAAUUGUUCUACGGCACCCCCCUCCGACGUCUAGUAUUCGAGUUAUUGGCCAAAAACCAUCACUUGAGCGAUUUUUCGUUCAGGGUACCCGACUCUAGUAAAAAAGUGAAAUUUUUCUCGAUUGACCAAGUGUUGCAAAUGACCAUCGGAUUUCACUUUUUAUGGUCUAUAGUGAGUUCUGAUCACGAUUUGGUACUUUUUGAAAAAAAAUUUUUGACGCACUUUUCAAAAUUUUGCAAAACCAAAACUUUUUAGGCGGUUUUGUGUAUGGAGGGUUACUAGUCUCGGGGUCACUUUUUGACCAAAAAACCACUAUAUAUCAUUCGAAAGGUAAUUUCAAGGGCUACAAAAAAUUGUUCUACGGCACCCCCCUCCGACGUCUAGUAUUCGAGUUAUUGAGGAAAAACAGUUUAUAGUUAAUUUUUCACUCGAUUUUUCACCAUGUAUCGCACAUUACUCCGGUUCUAUACAUUGGAUCGUCAAUCUUUAAGAUUUUAUGGGUAGUUCCAACUGUUUGCUACAUUUCAUCCGUACAUCACAAAGCGAUUCAAUGUCUGUGCUAGAAGUUAUUAGAGGGAUAAAAAAAAUUACCCUUGGCUUUGCCCCGUAAAAUUUUACCCAUUUUGCCACUUUGGAUCCUUAUAACUCGGUCAGUUUCCAAUGGAUCUUCAAUUGUAGCACAUAUUUGGAUAGAUCUGGUCAUUAGCUACCAAAAGUUAUUCUACGCCGAUGUGCUAAGUUGUCUGUGGAAAAAGUUAUUCGAGGUACAAAGACUUAACAUUUUCUCAACUUUUCCAAAAAAUUCCUCAUUUUGCCACUUUGGAUCCUUAUAACUCGGUCAGUUUCCAAUGGAUCUUCAAUUGUAGCACAUAUUUGGAUAGAUCUGGUCAUUAGCUACCAAAAGUUAUUCUACGCCGAUGUGCUAAGUUGUCUGUGGAAAAAGUUAUUCGAGGUGCAAAGACUUAACAUUUUCUCAACUUUUCCAAAAAAAAUUCCUCUUUUUGCCACUUUGGAUGCUUAUAACUCGGUCAGUUUCCAAUGGAUCUUCAAUUGUAGCACAUAUUUGGAUAGAUCUGGUCAUUAGCUACCAAAAGUUAUUCCACGCCGAUGUGCUAAGUUGUCUGUGGAAAAAGUUAUUCGAGGUACAAAGACUUAACAUUUUCUCAACUUUUCCAAAAAAAAUUCCUCAUUUUGCCACUUUGGAUGCUUAUAACUCGGUCAGUUUCCAAUGCAUCUUCGAUUGUAGCACAUAUUUGGAUAGAUCUGGUCAUUAGCUACCAAAAGUUAUUCUACGCCGAUGUGCUAAGUUGUCUGUGGAAAAAGUUAUUCGAGGUACAAAGACUUAACAUUUUCUCAACUUUUCCAAAAAAAUUCCUCAUUUUGCCACUUUGGAUGCUUAUAACUCGGUCAGUUUCCAAUGGAUCUUCAAUUGUAGCACAUAUUUAGAUAGAUCUGGUCAUUAGCUACCAAAAGUUAUUCUACGCAGAUGUGCUAAGUUGUCUGUGGAAAAAGUUAUUCGAGGUACAAAGACUUAAAAUUUUCUCAAUUUUUCCUAAAAAAUUCCUCAUUUUGCCACUUUGGAUGCUUAUAACUCGGUCAGUUUCCAAUGCAUCUUCGAUUGUAGCACAUAUUUGGAUAGAUCUGGUCAUUAGCUACCAAAAGUUAUUCUACGCAGAUGUGCUAAGUUGUCUGUGGAAAAAGUUAUUCGAGGUACAAAGACUUAACAUUUUCUCAACUUUUCCAAAAAAUUCCUCAUUUUGCCACUUUGGAUCCUUAUAACUCGGUCAGUUUCCAAUGGAUCUUCAAUUGUAACACAGAUUUGGAAAGAUCUGCUCAUCAGCUACCAAAAGUUAUUCAACGCCGAUGUGCUAAGUUGUCUGUGGAAAAAGUUAUUCGAGGUACAAAGACGUAACAUUUUCUCAAUUUUUCUAAAAAAAUUCCUCAUUUUGCCACUUUGGAUGCUUAUAACUCGGUCAGUUUCCAAUGGAUCUUCAAUUGUAGCACAUAUUUGGAUAGAUUUGGUCAUUAGCUACCAAAAGUUAUUCUACGCCGAUGUGCUAAGUUGUCUGUGGAAAAAGUUAUUUGAGGUACAAAGACUUAACAUUUUCUCAACUUUUCCAAAAAAAUUCCUCAUUUUGCCACUUUGGAUGCUUAUAACUCGGUCAGUUUCCAAUGGAUCUUCAAUUGUAGCACAUAUUUGGAUAGAUCUGGUCAUUAGCUACCAAAAGUUAUUCAACGCCGAUGUGCUAAAUUGUCUGUGGAAAAAGUUAUUCGAGGUACAAAGACUUAACAUUUUCUCAACUUUUCCAAAAAAAUUCCUCAUUUUGCCACUUUGGAU